UACACCAUAGUAUUUUCCUUGUCUCUCUUCCUCUUCUUCUUCUUCUGCUCACCUCGCCGUCUCCAACCGUUCGCCGAGCUCACAGUCCCUGUUACCUUGACCCAGAAUUGCUGAGCAAAACGAUUUCUCUGUUCCCAGCCUCCUCUGCCGUCAAAACUCAAAACCCAUCGAGAGAUCUCUCCUGUGUCUUCAAAACCUGAUUCGGUCGCUCCUCCGCCACACGCUCCAAACCCAAAGCAUUCCCGGACCCCAGCUUCUUCAACCUCCUCUCUCGUACUUGGUAAGCUCCUCAUCAGAACCACUCUCCACAUCUUCCUUGUUUUUCCUCCUCCCACCAUAUAUAUAUAUAUAUAUAUAUAUAUAUUAUCCCAUUCGAAGUUCCUCAGAGGCCCCAGACUGUGAAGAAGCGCCUCAAGCAGUUCAAGAGGCCCCAGACUGACUGCAAGUUAUGUGUCAAGCCUGAAUCACUGAUUCCAGAAAUCAGCUUCCCAAAGGCUAAGUAGAUAAAAAGCAGCAGAGAUGAAGCUGGAUGUGGAUGUGUUGAGAUACCUCACUAAAGAGGAUUUCAGGGUUUUAACCGCUGUCGAAAUGGGAAUGAGAAAUCAUGAAAUCGUACCCGCUGAACUGGUGGAGCGUAUAGCUGCGCUCAAGCAUGGUGGCACUUACAAAGUUAUGAAAAAUCUGCUCAAGCAUAAGCUCUUGCACCACGACGCCUCUAAAUAUGAUGGGUUUCGGCUAACGUACCUCGGUUAUGAUUUCCUUGCAAUUAAGACUUUGGUCAACCGUGGAGUCUUUUCAGCCGUUGGUCGCCAACUUGGUGUUGGAAAAGAGUCUGAUAUUUUUGAGGUGGCCACCGAAGAUGGUACAGUGAUGGCAAUGAAAUUGCACAGGCUUGGUAGAACUUCUUUUAGGGCUGUCAAGUCUAAGCGUGAUUACUUAAAACAUCGUAGCAGUUUCAAUUGGCUAUACUUGUCCCAUCUUGCUGCACUCAGAGAAUUUUCUUUUAUGAAGGCUUUAGAAGAGCAUGGUUUUCCUGUUCCAAAUGCAGUGGAUUGUAACAGGCAUUGUGUGAUUAUGUCACUAGUACCAGGCUACCCACUUGUGCAGGUGAAGCAAUUGGAAAAUCCUGAGAUAGUUUUCAAUACUAUCAUUGGGCUCGUUGUUCGUCUGACAGAACAUGGUUUGAUUCACUGUGACUUCAAUGAAUUUAACAUUAUGAUUGAUGAUGACGAGAAGAUCACCAUGAUUGAUUUUCCCCAAAUGGUCUCUGUAUCACAUCGUAAUGCACAAAUGUACUUUGACCGUGAUGUGGAAUGUGUCUUUAAGUUUUUCAGCAAGAGAUUCAACAUGUCUUUCCAUGAAUGCACAGCUGAUAUUGAUGGAACAGCGGUGGACACAGAUGAUAGUGGCAGGCCUUCUUUUACUUCAAUAGCGAAAGAUACUGGUUUUCUAGACAAGGAACUGUCUGCUAGUGGGUUUACUAGGAAGGAUCAGGAAGAAAUUGCUAAGUUUAUUGAAGGAGGGAUCAAGAAGGUUGCUAGUUCUGAUGAUGAAGAUACUGAAGAUGACGAGCACAUCUCUGUGUUAAAUGAAGCAAACACAAUGGGUGUUGAUUCACUGCAUGUGGCAGAUCAGACGUUACAGCAUGAUGAGCAGGUUGAACCAGAGGGCAAUGUAAGAACAUGUGAAGCAGGUCCCAGCAGUGAACCCGAAAAUGAAGAUGGGAGUAACGAGGAGGGAGAUAAUGAGACAGUUACUAAUGACAAUGAUGCUGAGCUGGAAAAACGCUUGAACAAGGUGAGGCGACGUGCUGUAACAGCAGCCCGUGGAGGAAGAAAAACUUUUGCAUCCAGAAAUACCUACAAAGACAAGGGUGGAAAAUCCUCUAACAGUUCCAAAAUCCAGAGACAAUUAAGUAGCUGGUAGAAUAUGUAAAGUGCCACCACAAAAUCCAAGAUGCCCACACAACUAAAGUAUAGAAGAUAUCAACUAGAGUUGCAUGCCAAAUGGAGGUUGCACGCAGAGCACGGACCUUCUGCUUGCGCCAUAUGUAUGGCAAUCUUUUUUCUUAUAAUGAUGAUCAUGAGAUGCAUAAGUUUCCAUUAGUGUAACUCUUGUAGCCCUUGGCAAACAGGGGAGAGUAGGUAUUUAAAAAGGGAUAAAAGUAACUAAUAUAGAGGAUGGUUCUUCGUAAUCAGUUGCCUUGGCGUUUGUUUUUCUUAAUUAGUGGCAGACAUUUGUACUCAUUUUUUAAUUGAUUUUAUAAGUUGUCAGUUGAAUUUUUAA